CUUUGGCCGUUCUGCUACAAAAACUCACUCAGUGCAAACACUGAGUGAGCAGCAAACUGCUCCAAUUCAAGUGCAAACCAAACAUGUUGUGUGGGUAGAGUGAGGAGCUUUUCUUUCCCCUGCUGAAGGUCAGAGAGCUGCUGGGACUCAAACGUCGGAAUCUGCAGACGCCAGCAACACUGAAGACCCCAACUGAAGACGGGAGAUGUCAAGGAAGGAGUCUGCUCCUGUGAUCCCCCUGCUGCUCCUGCCGCUGUUCCUGUCUUUUGGGCGAGCGUACAGCUGCCUGGAGGACCCGGCUGAGGCCUACAGACUGAGCGGAGCUGUGUGCAGGCUCACCUACCCUGCCGCUGCAGUGUUGAAUGAGAAAACCACAAAAGUGAUUGAGGCAGCUUUUCAACAUGCCCGAUAUCCAAGUAUGCAAGGAGAGAAGUCCCUGCUCCUCAUAGGCAAAGUCUCUUUUGGCCUAGAAAAUCUGGAAAUUCACAACUUAUCGAUUGGUCGGAGUGAGUUUGAGCUCGUUCCAGGAAAAGGAAUCGCGCUGAAGAUAAGCAACGUGUCUGCAGUGUUUAAAGGGACAAUCCAGUAUGGAUACGGCAGCUGGUUAGUCAACCUUGCACAGUCUCUUGACCUGGAGAUUGAGUCUCAGAUUGACCUGGGGAUCAAUCCCAGACUCUAUUGCGGCAAAGGAAAAGUGGCUGCAGACACAUCCGACUGUUAUCUGAGGUUUCACAAGCUGCGUCUGCACCUGCAGGGAGACAAAGAACCUAACUGGCUGAAGAAACUUUUCACCGACUUCAUCACCUUCACUGUGAAGCUAGUUGUGAAGGGGCAGAUUUGCAAGGAGAUCAACAAGCUUGCAGACAUUUUAUCCGACUUCAUUCAAGACACAGCAGCACACUUCCUCAGCGACGGAGACAUCAGCGUGGACAUCGGUGUGACCACGGCCCCAGCCAUCACUGCUAAUUACAUUGAAUCCUACCACAAGGGGCUGACCAAUUACAACAACACAACCUCUGCCCUCAAUGAAUCUGCGUUCCAUCCAAGUCAGCUGACUGAAGACAGAAUGCUUUUCUUUUGGUUCUCAGAUGAACUCUUUAACCCUUUGAUUGCUGCUGCUCACCAUGACGGUCGCUUUCACCUCAACGUCUCCGCCGGAGAGCUCAGCGAACUCUUAAAGACCAGUCUGUCCAAUGUUACCGUGGAUUCCAUCCAAACAUGUCUGGCAGGGGCUUCUGCAGAGCUCAGAGUGUGGAGUUCUUCAGUUCCUCGCCUGCACACCUCCAACACAGGAUCCAGAGUCACAGCACAGGCCUGUGGAGAGCUGCACUGUGGGGGUCAGGGGCCCCCAGCACUCUUCUUUGAAACGAGUGUGCUUGUAGAUGUCACAGCUUCCUACUCUGACAAGAAACUCUUCCUGCACGGCAGUCCCAAAAAGAUCUCUGUUCUUCAAGCUGAAAUUCCCUCCCAAAAUAAAGUGCUACAGGAUGAAGCACAGGUUUCGUUCAUCAAAGAAGCUGUGGAGAAAGUUGGAAUUCCCAAAGUUUUGUCUGUUCUUCAGGUGGAGAUAACUAGGCUGCUGGACAAACAGGGGGCAAACCUGUUUGACAUCAUUGACCCUGAAGUGCUUCCUCGGGACGGCUUCACUGUGACGAAGAUGGACUUUGGUUUCCCUCAUCACCUCCUGGUGGAUUUUCUCCAGAAGACUCUGCAGUGAUGCAACAGCUUCAAAGCAUUUUGGGCUUUAAACGUUUUAAGUGAUAUCUGAGUUUGGACAGAUGAAAUGAAUACUUACAUGUCUGGUUUAGCUUAUAGAGGGGGAUGAAAUGUUUUCAUACUGUGAACAACAAUGUUUAGUUGUAGACUGUGAGUGCUGUUAAUGUGGAUCAGGCUACUUUUAUAGUGAAAGAGCAAAGGAAACUGUGUUUCAGCAAUAAAGCCACUUCAGACUCA